AUGAAGCCUCUUCGAAGCGAGUCGAUUCCUCUUAGUAGUGUGCAAUCAUUGGAACGUACUCCAGUUUCGCUUACACCCAGUAGCAAAACAUAUCUGGGAGAGCACCUUGCUUCUAGCAAGACGCGGGCAACCAUGGCAGCGAGGUUAUUAUCUCAUAUAAUCAAUCACAACUCCUCUGUUCCUCACCAUUACAUCAGACCCAUUUCUGAUCGUCCCAACCUCGCCCAACUCCAUUACACUGACUCCGCCAUCUCUUCUAUCGAUCUCCAAAGCCUUCAAGGACCUCAUAGGACCCUCAUCCUUCAUAAGAUCGCCCAAGUUUGCCAAAAGGAUGGCUUCUUUAGGGUGGUGAAUCAUGGGAUACCGGAGGGUGUCAUUGAGAACAUGAUGCAGGUCUCACGUGAUUUCUUCGGACUUCCAGAGUCCGAGAAGAUGAAGAGCUUCUCAGAUGACCCCUCCAAAACAAUGAGACUCUCCACCAGCUUCAACAUGAAGAGAGAGAGUGUUCACAAUUGGCGUGACUACCUAAGGCUCCAUUGCUAUCCUUUGCAGGACUUCAUUGACGAGUGGCCCUCAAACCCUACUUCUUUUAGGGGAUGUGUUGGUGAGUACUGCACAAUGGUAAGAGACUUGGCUUUGAGGCUCUUGGAAGCCAUUUCUGAGAGCUUGGGCUUGGAAGGGGAUUACAUAGAGAAGGCAUUAGGGAAACAAGGGCAACAUAUGGCCAUCAAUUAUUAUCCUCCAUGUCCUGAACCAGAGCUCACCUAUGGAUUGCCAGACCACACUGAUCCAAACGCUUUAACCAUUCUCCUUCAAGAUGAAGUUCCUGGGCUUCAGGUGCUCAAUAAUGGCAAGUGGGUGGCCAUCAAACCCAUACCUAAUUCUUUUGUUGUGAACGUCGGUGACCAGAUUCGGGUGAUAAGCAAUGGAAGGUACAAGAGUGCAAGGCACAGAGCAGUGGUGAACAGUGAGAAAGUGAGGAUUUCAAUCCCAACCUUCUAUUGUCCAUCUCAUGAUGCCGUCAUAAGCCCAGCUGAGAAGCUCCUAGAUAAGGACCACCCACCAAUUUACCGAAGCUACCCUUACAGCGAGUACUAUCACAAGUUCUGGGAAACAGGAUUAGAGGUAGAAAAUUGCCUUGACUGCUUCGCAGUGAGUAACUGA